CUGACUAUACGAUACGGAGUAUUAACGUCCUGGAGGUUGUUUUGUUAAUUGCACCAAAUGAAGUUGUGCUCUCGAGGAACUUUCCUCAUUAUGCAAAUUUUAUGUAAUUAUAAUUUAGGCUCCGCCCACUGCUGAGCAUCCCGCGAGCUGCGCUCCAAACUUUCACCGUCUCCCUUCUCCUUCAAAACUCCCUUUAACUUCGGCUGCUUUAUUUGUUCCUUGGUUAAAAUGACUGAGGCCAGAGAAAACGAAGAGGAAAUUCAGUUUCUGCGCACGGGGGACGAGGUGGUGUUGCAGAGCACCUUCAGCUCUGAGCAGGAGCAGCUGAAGUUGUGUCUGGCGGCUGAAGGCUUUGGCUGCAGACUCUGUGGUCUGGAGCCCACCUCUAACUGCAAGAAUGUACCACCGGACCUCUCUGUGUGUGUAUUUGUUCUGGCCCAGUGCCUCUCUGUCCGAGCCCUUCAAGAGAUGCUGGCCUCUAGGGAGGACCCCACCGCAGGGGCAGUCCCAGACUGUCAUCGAACACUGUUGUAUGGCCAGGCGGUGUUGUUCCGACAUUCAUACAGUGGCAUGUAUCUCAGCUGUUUGUCCUCUUCUCUGUCUUCAACUGAUAAGCUUGCAUUUGAUGUUGGUCUGCAAGAAGAUAAAGAAGGUGAGUCAUGCUGGUGGACUGUCCACCCAGCGUCCAUGCAGAGGUCAGAGGGCGAGAAGGUGCGUGUUGGAGAUGACCUCAUACUGGUCAGUAUCUCCUCAGAGAGAUACCUGCACCUGUCCUACGGCACUGUGCUGGACAACAGGCAGAGUGGGAGGGUGGUGGUGGACGCAGCCUUCCAGCAGACUCUGUGGAGCGUGGCACCGGUCUGCUCUGCCAGUGGAGUGGCUCAAGGCUACCUGAAAGGAGGAGACACACUGCGGCUGCUUCACGGACACAGCGACGCCUGCCUCACCCUGCCCUCCAGAGAGUAUGGAGAGGAGCUGCAAAGAACAAUCCAUUAUGGGAUUGGCUCAGUGUCCAGCCAGGCCUGCUCCCUCUGGAGACUGGAGAUUCUGCGUGUCAUGUGGAGCGGGAGCCACGCCCGCUGGGGCCAGCCCUUCCGCCUGCGCCACCUGACCACCGGGAGAUACCUGGGGCUGACGGAGGAAGGCGGCCUUCAUCUGGUGGAGCGCAACAGAGCUGACGUCGGCACCUCCUCUUUCUGCUUCCAACCCUCGAAGGAAAAGGCUCAACCAUGCUCUAAAAAGGAUGUUGAGGGCAUGGGCACGGCAGAGAUCAAGUAUGGAGACUCAAGCUGCUACAUCCAGCAUGUAACCUCCGGCCUGUGGCUCACCUACCAGGCGGUGGACGGGAAGUGUGCACGCAUGGGGUCCAUUCAGCGCAAGGCCAUUCUGCACAGCGAGGGUCACGUGGACGACGGGCUGACGCUGUCCCGCUCCCAGAGAGAGGAGUCGGGCAUCGCCAGGCUCAUCCGCACGGCGGUUCACCUCUUCACUGCAUUCGUCAGGAAACUGGACGGUCUGGAUCAACAAGAAAACGUCUCCUCGGUAAACCUCCAACUAGAGACAAUACAACUCUGUCUGGGGGAUCUGAUUCAUUUCUUCAAGCCCCCAGAGGAGGGACUGGGGCAUGAGACCUACCAGAACGGCCUGAAGACCUUGAAGAAAAGACAAAGCCUGUUUCAAGAGGAGGGCGUGGUGAACCUGGUGGUGGACUGCCUUGAUCGUCUCCAUCUGUACACCAGCGCCGCUAACUUUGCUGAAUCUGUUGGGGGGAGCGGAGAGGGAGAAGGCUGGGAAAGCCUCCUCAAUGUUUUCUAUCAACUACUGGCGUCUCUGAUCAGGGGGAACCGCAGAAGCUGUGCCCGGUUCUCUUCCUCACUGGACUGGCUGGUGGAGAGGCUGGAGCGAACGGAGGCCUCCACAGGUGUCUUGGAGGUUCUGCACUGCAUGGUGCUGGAGAGCCCAGAGGCCCUCAAUGUCAUUAAAGGGGGACACAUCCAAUCCAUAAUUUCCCUCCUGGAUAAACAUGGACGAAAUCACAAGGUGCUGGAGGUGCUGUCGUCCCUGUCUCUGUGUCACGGCAUGGCCGUGCGCUCCAACCAGAACCUCAUCUGUCACGGCCUGCUCCCCGACCGAGACCUGCUUCUGCAGAGCCGGCUGGUCAACCAGGUCACAAGCAUGAGGCCCAACGUAUUCCUGGCCCUUGGGGAUGGGUCGGCCCAGCAUCGCAGGUGGUACUACGAACUGGCAGUGGACCGUGUUGAGCCCUUCCUCACGGCCGAGCCCACCCACCUGCGUGUGGGCUGGGCCUGCACCGAGGGCUACAACCCCUGGCCCACCGCCGGCGAGGGCUUUGGGGGCGAUGGGGUGGGAGAUGACCUCUACUCCUAUGGCUUCGACGGGCUCCGUCUCUGGUCAGGUUGUGUCAGUCGCCGGGUGAGUUCUCCCUUCCCUCACCUGCUGAGAGACGAGGACGUGGUCAGUUGCUGCCUGGACCUUGUGGCGCCCUCCAUCUCCUUCCGGGUCAACGGGCUGCCCGUGCAGGGCAUGCUGGAGAACUUCAACAGCGACGGCCUGAUGCACCCUGUGGUCAGCUUCUCCGCUGGAGUCAAGGUGCACUUCCUGUUCGGAGGACGGCACGGAGAGUUCCGCUUCCUGCCCCCGCCGGGUUUCGCCCCGUGCUCCGAGGCCCUGCUGCCCGGGGGGGCCAAGCUGAAGGUGGAGCCCUGCCAGCGCUACAGCCUGGACCCCGAGGACGGGGGGCGGGAGCUCCUGGGCCCCUCCAUGGCCCUGCUACCGCCCACCUUCACCCCCACACCCGUGGACAUCAGCAAGGUGGAAUUACCUGCGCAACUGGAACACAUCCGGGAAAGACUGGCUGAGAAUAUCCAUGAACUUUGGUCAAUGGACAAGAUAGGACUGGGCUGGGCCUACGGAUCUGUGAGAGAUGAGGUUAAGCGUUUGGACCCCGGCCUGGUCGAGUUCCAAAAGCUUCCUGAGAAGGAGAAGAACCAGAAUCUUCAGAUGGCUCAGAUAACAAUCAAGACGCUCCUCGCUCUUGGAUUCCACAUUGGGCUGGCAGACGACCACGCUGAGAAACACCUUCAGUACAUACGGCUUUCAGCAAAGUAUGAGCAGCCCAGUGGCUACCGGCCCGCCCCGCUCGACCUGAGCCAGAUGGUGCUGGGCGUGGCCCUGGUGACGGCCGUGGACGCCCUGGCCCAGAACGAGCACAACGCCUGGGCCGAGCAGCUCAUCGCACAGGGCUGGACCUAUGGAGCUCAGCGGGAGGGGAAGGCCAAGAGGAGCCCCCAGCUGGUGCCCUACGGCCUGCUAGAGGAGCAGAGCAGGGAGGCGGGCAGAGACAGUGCCCGGGAGGCGGUCUGCACCCUGCUGGCCUACGGAUACAGCCUGGAGCCCCUCGCCCUGGAGCCCGCUGCUCUGAGCGACCCGUGCAGUCUGCCCUCCGCCGAGGGGGGCCGGAUGUUUCGUGCCGACCAGCGCUACGCGGUGACCCAGGGCCGCUGGUACUUUGAGUUUGAGGUGCUGACGGCGGGGGCCAUGAGGGUGGGCUGGGCUCGACCACAAUGCUCCCCGGACCGAGAGCUGGGCUCUGACGACAUGGCCUAUGUCUUUGACGGCUCCACGGCCCAGUGGUACCACCAGGGGGGCGAGCCUCUGGGCUGUCCCUGGAAGAGGGGUGACGUGGUGGGCUGCCUGCUGGACACGGCCCAGCGCACCAUGGUGGUCAGCCUCAACGGGGAGGCACUGCUCAACCACCUGGGCUCGGAGCUGGCCGCCAAAGACUUUGACAUCGGAGACGGCCUGCUGCCUGCGGUGAGCCUUGGGCUGAACCAGGCGGGGAGGCUGAACCUGGGCAGGCAGGGGGCCACGCUUCAGUGCUUUGCCCGCUGUGGCCUCAAGGAGGGCUACCAGCCCUUCGCCGACAACAUGGCCAGAGAACCCCCCCUCUGGAUGAGCUGGAGGCAGCCUCAAUUCAUCUCCGUCCUGCCCCACCACCGAGACCUGAUGGUCACCAGAGACAAUGGGAAGGCCGAUGCUUCCCCAAGCCUUAAGGUGUCUCAGCGAACGAUGGCGUUGUCUAACCUCGGAGGCAUUGAGACGGGCUUCUACCGACUCAGCAUGUCUGUCCAGACGGCUGCAGUACUCGCCAGUCCUGCAGGGGGUGCUCUCCCGGGGACCACCAGCCCGGUGUCUCCAAGCAGGAAGGAAAUGGAGGAGUUUGAGGUGGACUCAGACUUUGAGGUGCUAAUGAAGUCUGCCCAUGGGUUCUCUGGAUCGAGGGACGAGCUGAAUCAAAAGGACCAGAGCCACGACAAAACAUCCAGGCUCAAGCAGCGAAGGUUCAUGCUGAAGAAGAACAAACCGGACUUGGUCUGCAGCAACUCCUCCGCCCGGCUGCUGGAGGACGUGCUUGUGGAGAAGGAAAACAACGGCUGUCUGGUGCAGAGCUCAAUGUAUUACUACUCAGUACGGGUGCUUCCUGGCCAGGACCCCUUCAAUGUGUGGGUGGGCUGGGUGACCUCUGACUUCCACCAGCAUGGGCCCACCUUCGACCCUGACAGAACCCGCACCGUGACGGUGACCUUGGGGGACGACAGCGGCAAGGUGCAGGAGAGCGUGAAGCGAAGUAGCUGCUACAUGGUGUGUGCGGGAGAAGCCACCGGUCUGUCCCAGAGCCGGAGGAGCGCGGGCCUUGAGAUCGGCUGUCUGGUCAACAGCGCCAGCGGGCUGCUCACCUUCACGUCCAGCGGAGUGGACAUGGCCACUUUCUACCAGGUGGAGGGAAGCACAAGGCUGUUCCCUGCCGUCUUCGUCAAGCCCACUGCCUCCCAAAUGUUUCAGUUCAAUCUGGGUUGUGUCAAGAACGUGAUGCCGUUGUCAGCGGGUCUCUUCCGCAGCCAGAGGACCAACACGGCUCCUCAGUGCCCUCCCAGGCUGCACGUCCAGCAGCUCUGCCCCGUCUCCUGGACCCGGGUGCCCCAGCAGACGCUGAGGGUGGAGGCGACGCGGCUGGACGCCCGCCACGGCUGGCAGGUGCAGUGCUCCGAGCCGCUGCAGGUCAUGAACCUCCACAUCCCGGAUGAGAACAGGUGCGUGGACAUCUUGGAACUGUCGGAACGUCAUGACCUCCUUACCUUUCAUCACCACACCCUCCUCCUCUACUGCUCCCUCUGUGCCCUUGGCAACGCCAGGGUGAGCCACGCCCUCUGCAGUUACCUGGACCAAUCCCAGCUCCUCUAUGCCAUUCAGAAUCCCUAUCUCCCUGGGCCGCUGCGAACAGCCUUAUAUAAACUCCUCAUUCAGGUUUACCUCAGCUCCAGCGCCACCGCGUGCCUCAUGACCAACCAGGAGUACGUCAUCCCCCUGACGGAGCAGGCCAGCUCCCUCACCCUUCAACCAGGCUCUGGUACCACGGGUGCGGGCUCUUCCGGUCCACCUAGUCCCAUUCCGAGCAUGGCCCUCAGCACCUCCCUCAAGCCCAAGAUGCUCCUCUCCUUGACCUGCUUUGUGCGUGCGAGCAACGGGAUCGCGGACGCUAGCGUAGAAGGUAGCGGCGGCGGCCCCGAGCCCUCGGUCUUCACGGGCAGCCCGCGCAUCCCCCUGGAGCAGCUGAAGAGCCUCACCGUGGAGCUGCUCAGCGCGGCAGUGGGGGCGGCGGGGCAGGGCGUCCGCGACCCAGAAGGGGGCAGUGUUGAGCUGCUGCUGGUGCCGCCACUCCGGCUGUUCUACAGCCUGCUGGUCAUGGGGGUGUUUGGGGACGAGGAUCUGGGUAAGGUGCUGGAGCUGAUCGAGCCCGGGGUCUUCCGCAGGGAUCCCCGUGGCGAGGAAAAGGGGACGCUUGAUGACCAGGGGGGCCAUGGUGGUGAUGAUGAUGAUGAUGAGGAUGAUGAUGAUGACGAUGAUAAUAAUGGAUUUAGGAAGGAACAGAUGGGCUGCAAAGGCGGGAAGGAAAACAUUCCCAAACAAGGGCUACUCAAGAUGAAGCUGCCCGAAGCUGUCAAACUGGAGCUGUGCCAGCUCCUGUCCUACCUGUGUGACUGCCAGGUGCGCCACAGGGUGGAGGCGGCGGCGGCCUUCUCAGAGAGCUUCGUGGGCCGGCUGCAGGAGAACCAGCGCCUGCGCUACAACCAGGUGAUGGAGGCGUUUAACAUGUCCGCCGCCCUCACCGCCCGCAAGACCAAGGAGUUCCGCUCCCCUCCGCUGGAGCAGAUGAACAUGCUGCUGAGCUUCAGAUCGGAUCAGGACCACGACGACUGUCCCUGUCCAGAGGAGAUCCAGGACCUGCUACACGACUUCCACCACCGCCUCACCACACACUGUGGAAUUGACACAGAUGGUGAUCAGGAGAGCGAUGAGGGAACAGAGAGCAACAUUAAAGACCGACUCGUCAGCCUGAUAAGGAGGGUCAUCGGCAGAAAAAAGAAUUGCACAGACAGCGAGAUUGAACGCAGAUCAAAGUCUCCCAUGUCCCUCAAGGAGCUCAUCUCGGCGACGGUGGUCCUCUGGGCCCAGGAGAGCGAGGUGGGCGACCCGGCUCUGGUGAGGGCCAUGUUCUCCCUGCUGCACCGCCAGUACCAGGGCCUGGCGGGCCAGAUGGGAGCGCCGCUCCGCAGGGCCUACACCAUCAGCCGGGCCUCGGUGGAGGACGCCGUGGGCCUGCUGGCCUCGCUGGGGCAGAUCCGAUCGCUGCUCAGCGUCCGCAUGGGGGGCGAGGAGGAGCGGCUGAUGAUCCGAGGGCUCGGGGAUAUCAUGAACAACAAGGUGUUCUACCAGCACCCAGACCUGAUGAGGGCGCUGGGGAUGCACGAGACUGUGAUGGAGGUGAUGGUCAACGUGCUGGGGGAGGGAGAGUCCAAGGAGAUCAGCUUCCCCAAGAUGGUGGCCCACUGUUGCCGGUUCCUGUGCUACUUCUGCCGCAUCAGCCGCCGCAACCAGGGCGCUCUGUUCGACCGCCUCAGCUACCUUCUGGAGAACAGCAGCGUGGGACUAGCCUCUCCAUCCAUGCGUGGAGCCACACCCCUGGACGUGGCUGCAGCCUCCGUCAUGGAUAACAACGAGCUGGCCCUGGCGCUACGGGAGCCCGACCUAGAGAAGGUGGUCCAGUACCUGGCCGGCUGCGGGCUCCAGAGCUGUGCCAUGCUCGUGUCCAAGGGCUACCCGGACCUGGGCUGGAACCCCGUGGAGGGAGAGCGCUACCUGAACUUCCUGCGCUUUGCCGUCUUCUGCAAUGGGGAGAGCGUGGAGGAGAAUGCCUAUGUUGUGGUGAAGCUGCUGAUUCGCCGGCCCGAGUGCUUUGGCCCCGCCCUGCAGGGCGAGGGGGGGGACGGCCUGCUGGUUGCUAUGGAGGAAGCCAUCAGGAUCUCUGAGGAUAUCUCUAUGGACGGACCCUCAACCGCCUACAGGGACGCCGCGGAGGACGCCGCGGAGGACGACGGGGGAAACGAUGACCUCAUCCACAUGGGGCACGCCAUCAUGACCUUCUACGCGGCACUCAUUGAUCUGCUGGGCCGCUGUGCGCCGGAGAUGCACCUGAUCCAUGCUGGGAAGGGGGAGGCCAUCCGCGUGAGGUCCAUCCUGCGGUCCCUGGUCCCCCUCUCUGACCUGCAGGGGGUGAUCAGUAUUCCCUUCCAGAUCCCCUCUAUGGAUUCCAAUGGCACACUGGUGGAGCCCGAUCCAACUACAGUGUUCUGCCCAGACCACAAGGCUGCUAUGGUCCUGUUCCUGGACCGUGUCUAUGGCAUCCCGGACCAGCAGCUCCUCUUCCACCUGCUCCAAGUGGGCUUCCUGCCCGACCUGCAAGCUGCUGCCUCGCUGGACACUGCUGACCUUGGCUCCGUCGACAUGGCCCUGGCUCUCAACCGCUACCUUUGCACGGCCGUGCUCCCCCUGCUCACAAAGCACUCCGGCCUCUUCCACGCCUCCGACGUCACCCCCCCCGCCCCGGCCGCCCUGGUCCAGGCCCUCACCCAGGCCGUGUACCGCCUCUCCGCCUCGCCCAACCUCACCAAGGCUCAGAGGGAUUCCAUCGAGCAGUGCAUGCUCGCUAUCUGCGGUGAACUUCAGCCAUCAAUGAUCCAGCCUCUACUGCGGCGUCUCGUCUUUGACAUUCCCCAACUCGCGGGCCACACCAAGAUGCCACUAAAGUUGCUGACCAAUCACUAUGAACAGAACUGGAAGUACUACUGUCUGGUUGGCGAGUCUGGAAACCUAGGCUCCGCCUCGGAGGAGGAGCUUCAUAUGUCCAGGAAGUUGUUUUGGGGCCUGUUCAAUGCUCUGGCUCAAAAGCCCUACGAGGCCGAGCUGUUCAGACUGGGGCUCCAGAGCCUGGCUGCCCUGGCCGGGGCCCUGCCCCCCUGCCACACCCACCCCUGCUGCCUGAGCCAGACGGAGGGGAAGGGCUCCUGGGACAAAGAGGGCCAGUUCAACCCCCAGCCGGUGGACACCUCCAGUGUGUCGCUGCCGGAGAGACUGGAGUUUGUUGUGAACAAGUACGCGGAGCAUACCCAUGAGAAAUGGUCGCUGGACAAGUUUGCUAACGGCUGGGUGCACGGGGAGCAGCUGUGUGAGCAGGCCAAGGUUCACCCCCUGCUGAAGCCGUACCGGGCUCUGGCGGAGAAGGACAAAGAGGCGUACCGCUGGGCUAUCAGGACGUUAAAGACAAUGCUGUCCAUCGGAUGGACGGUGGAGAGGAGUACCGAGGGCGACUCCUUUGGUCUCCCCACCACUUGCACACGCAGGCCCCGCAGGCAGGACCGGUACGUGGCCUUGCGUGGUGGAGCGAGUCAUUCCCUGCUGGUGCCCUACGACGCCCUGAGCGCCAAGGAGAGGAGCAAGCUGCGGGACAGAGCCCAGGACGUCCUGAAGUUCCUCCAGCUCAACGGCUACACAGUGUGGAGGGACCGGAAGUCGGUGGAGACGGACUGCCCGGCCAUAGCCACCCGCUACGGCUACACCCUCCUACAGAGGCUGCUGUCCUACACAGAGGAGGCCCAGGAGGACAUCCUGGAGCUGGGUGGUGCUUCCUCUGCUGGAACAAUACCUCAAGAGCCACCAGGCCUACUACCUUUCCAACUCCAGCACGUACCAAGGCACCAGGGCCACGCUUCUAACAAGGAGAAAGAGAUGGUCGUCAGUUUGUUCUGUAAACUGGCGGGUCUAGUGAGACGUCGAACAUCUCUCUUUGGUGGUAAAGACGCAUCCAUCAACAGCUGCCUCCAUGUCUUGGCUCAGGCUCUGGAUGCCAGGACCCUGAUGCAGGGCUCCUCAGAGGUCAUCCGGGCCUCCCUGCGCUCCUUCUUCGAUGCGGCAGCCAUCGACCUGGAGACGACGGUGGAGCACCUCUCCAUGACCCUGGCGGCCGUCCCCCAGGGCAGGGGUCCGGGUCCGCAGCAUCACCGGGGCCUGGCCAGCGUGUGCGGCUACACGGCCUCCACCCUGCUGCCCCUCCUCACCGCCCUGUCCCAGCACCUCAGGAGCCAGGGCUCUGGAGAUGACCUAUUAGGUGAACAACACAACUAUACCGUAACUGUAAAGGUGGUCUGUUGGUUAUCCAACUGUGGUGGUAGUAAUUUAAUAAUCGUACCUGUCGCACCAGUUAACACUGUCUAUAGGCUGGAGAAGUGCGUGGGGGAUCGCCAGGCGUACUGUUACCGGAUCCUCAACUGCCUACAGAGGUCAGCCGCAGGCGCCUGUCUGGCCGACCUGAGCGGGGUGAUUCCCAGUCAGCGUCCUGGAGCCGGCCCCGCCCAGGACCAGCCCAGCCCAUCUUCCCACACGCUGAGACGACACCGAGAGCAAAGUGACACGCCCAGUCACUUCAGUCCUGCCGCUGCUCCCUGCUUAUCUGUCGUACCCCCAGACCUGGGGGUGCCCGGCAGCGCGGAGGAGCUGUGUCCCCUGCUGCCCUCCCUGGAGCAGGCCCUGGGGGAGGUGGAGACCUUGGCAGCCGCCGGCGCCGGGGCUCGCCAGGCCCACUACGGCCACGUCACCGAGGUCACCCUGCCCCUGGUGUGCAGCUACAUGGCCCGCCGGUGGCAGCCGGUGGGACAGCUGGUUCACCUCGACACCGCUCUACUGGGCCACAUCCUCCGUAUCCUCCACAACCACCUGGGGAAGUGCCAGGGGGACUGGAUGCAGCAGCUCGCAGUCUUCGCCCAGCCAAUCAUCUGUGAGGCCUGCCCCGCCCUCCUGAAGAGCCACUUCCUGCCGCUGAUGGAGAAGCUGAGGAAACGGGCGGAGGGCAUCCUGCAGGAGGAGCGCAUGAAGAUGGACGUGGCGUCCCACAGCGACCGCUCCGAGGCCGAGCUGCGCAUCCAGGAGAAGUUCAUGGUGCUGGUGCGGGACCUGUACGCCUUCUACCUGCUGCUGAUCCCCUUCGUGGAUGCCAAGCGAGCCAGCUGGUUAAAGGAGUGCGACCCAGAGGCCCAGCAGUUGUUUGGCAUGGUGGCCGACAUCUUUACCUUUUGGGCCAAGUCUCAUAAUUUCAAGUGGGAGGAACAGAACUACGUGGUCCAGAAUGAAAUCAACAACUCAGCCUUCCUGGUCAACAGCAAUGACAAGAUGUCCAAGCCCAUGGACCAUGAGAACAGGAAGUCAAAAAGGAAGGGGGAUCGCUAUUCCCCACACACCUCUCUCAUUGUUGCUGCCGUGAAAAGGCUGCUCCCUGUAGGCCUGCGUUUCUGCUCUCCAGACGACCAGAGCCUUAUCGCACUGGCCAAGAGCCACCUCCAUCAGAGGGAUGCAGACGUUGAGAUUCAAGAGCAUAUCUGUAAUGGUCUAUUACAGCUUCAGAGCCGGCAGGACUCAACAGUGAGCCAGUGGCAGAAGGACCUCUACAGCGAGCCAAUUGGGCCGCAUAAGGACAGCACAGACAUCCAGAGCAAUGCAACGAGGAUCCUGCACAUCGCCCGCGUGCUCUAUUACCUGGAUCAGGUGGCACACCCUCAGAGCGGCAAGAGAGCCGCCUGGCACACGGUUCUAUCCAAGCAGAGGAAGAGAGCGGUGGUGGCCUGCCUCAGGAUGGCCCCCCUGUACAACCUGCCCAGGCACAGAGCCGUCAACCUCUUCCUCCAGGGUUACCACAAGUCCUGGAUAUCAGCUGAGGAUCACAGCUUUGAGGAAAACCUUGUGGAGGGUUUAGCAAGGAGGGGAGUGAUGAAGCACUGCGGAGCCAGCAGUGAGGAGGAGGAGGAGGAGGCGGAGGAGGAGGAGGAGGAGAAGAGGAAGCAGAAGGGGGUGGAGGAAUGUGCCCAGCCAAUCGAUCCCCUCCGACAACUCAUUACGCUCUUCAGCCAGAGCGCCCUGACAGAAGGAAGCAAACCUGGGAACGACACGCUGUAUAUGUCCUAUGCCACAAUUAUGGCUAAGAGUUGUCAAAGAAAGGAGGAAGAGGAUGAAAACGAGGAGAUGAAAACCUUUGAAGAGAAGGAGAUGGAGAAGCAGAAGCUGUUGUAUCAACAGGCCCGGCUCCACGACCGCGGCGCUGCAGAGAUGGUGCUGCAGACCAUCAGUGCCAGUAAAGGAGAGAUGGACUCCAUGGUUUCAUCCACUUUAAAGCUGGGUAUUUCCAUCCUGAAUGGAGGAAAUACGACUGUGCAGCAAAAAAUGCGGUAUCUUCGAGAAAGGCGAGACGUGGGCUUCUUCAAGAGCAUGGCGGGCCUCAUGCAAUCCUGCAGUGUGCUGGACCUGAAUGCAUUCGAGAGGCAGAACAAAGCGGAAGGAUUAGGGAUGACUGUGGACGAUAGCUCAGGGGAGAAGGUGAUGCCAGACGAAGAAUUGACCUGUGAUCUGUUUCGUUUCCUGCAGCUGCUUUGUGAAGGACACAACUCAGAAUUCCAGAAUUACCUGAGAACACAAACCGGCAACAACACCACAGUUAACAUCAUCAUAUCCACUGUUGACUACCUGCUAAGGCUACAGGAGUCAAUCAGUGAUUUCUACUGGUUUUACUCGGGGAAGGCAGUGAUUGAUAACCACGGGCGGCAGAGUUUCUCUAAGGCCAUCAGUGCGGCCAAGCAGGUCUUCAAUACUCUCACCGAGUACAUACAGGGUCCGUGCACGGGGAACCAGCAGAGUCUGGCCCACAGCCGCCUCUGGGACGCUGUGGUGGGAUUCCUCCACGUCUUCGCUCACAUGCAGAUGAAGCUCUCGCAGGAUUCCAGGCAAAUAAAUCUGCUGAAGGAGUUGAUGGAUCUGCAGAAGGACAUGGUUGUAAUGCUGCUCUCGCUGUUAGAGGGUAACGUGGUGAACGGCACCAUCGGGAAGCAGAUGGUGGACAUGCUGGUGGAGUCCUCCAGCAACGUGGAGAUGAUCCUCAAGUUCUUCGACAUGUUCCUCAAGCUAAAAGACCUGACGUCGUCCGAAGCCUUCCGGGAGUACGACCCCGAGGCCCAGGGCUGCGUGUCCAGGAAGGACUUCCAGAAGGCCAUGGAGAGGUGCAAGCGCUUCUCCCCGCCCGAGGCCCACUUCCUGCUGUCCUGCACCGACGCAGAGACCCUGCUGGACUACGAGGGCUUUGUGGACCGCUUCCACGAGCCAGCCACAGACAUCGGCUUCAGCCUGGCCGUGCUGCUCACCAACCUGUCGGAGCACAUGCCCAACGACUCCCGGCUCGGCACGUUCCUGGAGCUGGCCAAGUGCAUCCUGACCUACUUCCGGCCAUACCUGGGGCGCAUCGAGAUCCUGGGCAGCGGGAAGCGCAUAGAGCGGGUCUACUUUGAGAUCAGCGGGUCGAGCCGCACGCAGUGGGACAAGCCCCAGGUGAAGGAGUCCAAAAGGCAGUUCAUCUUCGACGUGGUGAACGAGGGAGGGGAGAAGGAGAAGAUGGAGAUGUUUGUCAAUUUCUGCGAGGACACCAUCUUCGAGAUGCAGCUGGCGUCUCAGAUAUCCGACUCCGGCGCCGGGCAGAAAAGUUCUGGCAGCGAUUUAGAGGAUGAGGAGGAAAAUGUUAAUAGCAACAACGGGAAAGAGCCGGACGCAAAGCCUGGCUCGACACAUGAAAACGCUCUGUACUUCAAGCGGAUGACGGCGAGGGACCUCCUGGUGGCGCCCGUGUGGCUGGUCAGAUGGGUCCUCCUGGGCACGGCGGCGCUGGGCUGGGCCGCGGUGCGCACCGUCCUCUACGCGCUGUACGUGGCCUUCAUCAACGGGGGCAUCGUCGAGGCCUUCCAGAGGACUGGGGUGCUGGACGCACUAGGCAGCAUCCCGGAGCCCACGCUGGACCGGGUCGCGGAGGCGUCGGCCCCUCUCCGGGAUCGGCGGCCCCCAUAUUGGUAUGCGCCUGACGAAGGAAGACGGGCAGUAUCGAUUCCACACGGACGACCCUACAGCGAGUCUGACCGACCUGUACCGCGCGCCCGCCGCUGGACAGAGCGCCCCAGGUCACUUUGUCCCCGGGGAGCAUCAGGUGAAGGUCCUGCAGGCUCCGGCGGGUAUCGGGAGGGGGAAGAUGAGAAAGUGUCUGAGUCUCAGAAGAAAAUAGGAGACGUGACUGAGAAGACGGAGGUCAAGGAGGAGACCAGGGGGAAGUGGAAAACCAAGCGGUGCUCCAGCCAGUGUGAGGAACCAGACGCCCAGCAGUCUGCCCUGUGGGGGUUGAUGGGCAGCUAUCAGAUGAAGCUGCUGAAUUGCUUUGCGAGGAAUUUCUACAACAUGAGAUUGCUGUCUCUCUUCGUGGCAUUCGCUAUCAACUUCAUCCUCCUCUUCUACAAGGUGUCUCCCUUCACCGUGGAGGAGGACCAGAUCAGCGCUACGGCGGCGGCGGCCUCGUCCCAGCCCGAGGGGGCUCAGGACCCCGCCGAGGGGGGAGGUGGCGGCGACGGGGGCUUCUUCGUCCUGGAGGAGAGUAGCGGCUACAUGAAGCCCUCGCUGCGCCUCCUGGCCGUGACGCACACCCUCUUCUCCUUCUGUUGCAUCAUCGGCUACUACUGCCUCAAGGUGCCACUGGUGAUCUUUAAGCGGGAGAAGGAAAUCGCUCGGCGGCUGGAGUUUGACGGCGUGUACGUGACCGACCAGCCCCCGGACGACGACAUCAAAGGCCAGUGGGACCGAAUGGCCAUCAACACACGGUCGUUUCCCAACAAUUACUGGGAUAAAUUUGUCAAGAGGAAGGUGAUGGAUAAGUACGGGGAGCUGUACGGCAGCGAGCGGAUCGGUGAGCUGCUGGGUUUGGACCGCGCCGCGCUGGACUUCAGCUCCCAGAGUGCGAGGCCAGGAGACCCAGGAGGGACACGGCCUGGAGCUCUCUCAUGGCACUACUUGUGUUUCAGAUGCUACGCCGUUGACCUCAAGUACCAGGUCUGGACUGGGGUGGUGUUCACUGAUAACUCUUUCCUAUACCUCACCUGGUACAUGGUCAUGUCAGCCCUGGGCCACUACAACAACUUCUUCUUCGCCGUUCACCUCCUGGACAUCGCCAUGGGCUUCAAGACCCUGCGCACCAUCCUGUCCUCGGUCACGCACAACGGGAAGCAGCUGGCCCUGACGGUGGGCCUGCUGGCGGUGGUGGUGUAUCUCUACACCGUGGUCGCCUUCAACUUCUUCCGCAAGUUCUACAACAAGGGCGAGGACGGCGGCACCCGGGACAUGAAGUGCAACGACAUGCUCACCGUGAGUACGCAGCGGCCUUCUCCCAAACCAAAGUUUCCCUUCGUUACCCCAUCACUCCUCUAA